CAGACUCCCGCUGACACCCAACCACAAACAAUCUCAGCCCUAUGGAAAUCUCCGACACAAGAUCCCUCCCUCUAGUCGCGCGCCUCCUACCUACAAUAGACCUGCAAUUUCACAGCCCCUCAGCAAUAACAGAUCGCAAAAGCUACAACAAGGAUCUCAAGGGUUAGCAUCGCUCCGUGCCUGCUCAAAGCCACUCAGUGGGCUGCCGAUAUGUCGCUCUUUGGCUUCAAUCCCUUCGGCCUCGGUUCGCGGGAACCGGCAGCCCCCCAGACAUUGGAAUCGCGCACCCUCGAAGCCGUCGCCGACCAUAUUAAAUCCGGCAAGGUGAAGCGCAUUACUGUUAUGACGGGCGCGGGUAUCUCGACAGCUGCUGGAAUUCCUGACUUCAGGUCUCCUGGCACCGGCCUCUACUCGAAUCUGGAACGAUUGAAACUUCCUGAACCCGAAGCCGUCUUUGACAUAUCCUUCUUCCGCGAUCGCCCCGAGCCCUUCUACGUCCUCGCAAAAGAGCUGUACCCUGGCAAGUUCCAGCCAACAAUAUCACACGCAUUCAUUGCGCUCCUGUCUAAGAAGGGCCUGCUGCAAAUGAACUUUACACAAAACAUCGACUGCCUAGAAAGGCAGGCUGGCGUGCCCGGGGAAAAAGUCAUCGAGGCGCACGGCAGUUUUGCGACGCAAAGUUGCAUCGAAUGCAAAGAACUGUUCCCGGACGACGAAAUGCUGCUUCACGUCGAGAAGGAGAUUGUGCCGCGGUGCGCAAGCUGCAACGGACUCGUGAAGCCAAACAUUGUAUUCUUUGGGGAGCCACUGCCCAGGACGUUUAGCGAGAAGUGUCAUCUUGUCGCAGAGUCCGACCUUGCAAUCAUCAUCGGCACGAGCUUGACGGUUUACCCUUUUGCUGGUCUCCCGGAGCUGGUUCCUCGUGGGUCUCCGCGACUUUUGCUUAACAAGGUUCGCGUCGGUCAGAUUGGAACCAGGUCGGAUGACGUAGUGGAGCUUGGUUCAUGUGAUGCAGGCGUACGAAAGCUUGCGGAUCUGCUGGGCUGGCGGGAUGAGCUGGAGGAUCUUUGGCGGUCGGUUGUCGGCGACGCUGAGGCCGAUCGCCAGAUUGCUGCAAAGGAUGAUGAACAAGGAGGCUAUUCCGAUGACAGCAGCGACUCUGAUCCCGACGAAGACAUGCGCAAACUGGCCGAGGUUGUCAACCGGAUGAAUCUGGGACUAGAGACCUCUGCUGUUGAUGAUUCUUCCAGCAAACCGGGAGAUGAUGGUGUUCCCAAGGCUACCAUGAAGUCUCCAGAUGAGACAGCAUCCUCGGAUAACCUCAAACCUGAGGACCCAAGCAUGGGAGACAAGCACAAGAUGGAACAGUCAAAUUCGACCCAGGUUAGAAGUGUAGAAUCACAACAAAAAAAGGGCACUGGCGCCAGCAAUCAAGUUGAAGAGGCUGUUUCUACACACGGUUCCGCGGGCGAGGCAAAGACCAAAAAUACAAGGCCAGAUACCUCUCAACAGGCGCAGCCUCCUGUGAAUGCGUUAGCUGCACCCGUUCAAAGUAGCAGCGGCGGGAAAGUUGAGGAAGUAGAAGAAAGCUGAAUUAUAAUAAGCUUGGGCGUAGUAGCAACAAUGCCUGUGUUUUCCCUUGAUCUUGCAGUAAUUUCUUUUUUUCCAUCUUGAGCCAGCGGUAUUGUAGUAAGCAUAUCGGAAUUUGUAAGCAUAGUUGGUACCUUUUACCAGUUAUUUACACCAACCAGGUUAGGGUUAUUUAUUUGGAGUGACUCCAUGAUUGCCAAGCACGUCCAG